AUGGAUCAAAGUAUGUUUGAGUUAUUCGGAGGUGACGGGCAGAUAUCAGAUUUGAUAGAUCAGUUUUAUUAUAAGGUGUUAUUCGAUUAAAGUUUGAGAAGCAUGUUUUUAAAAGCAGACAUGACUAGAGUUAGAUUAUAAUAAAAGACCUUUUUCGCCCAAAUGUUCGGCUGUGUUCACACCAAAUACACUGGAAAAGAUCUAGUGGAAGUACAUAAGAAUUUGAGCAUAACUGAUCAACAAUUCGAUAGAUUCUUAUAUCAUCUAAAAUGCAUAUUAGCUGACAUGAACAAACCCUAAGAAUUGAUUGAUUCAGUAUUGAAGAGAGUAGAUAGCCAUAGACAUGUAAUUGUGUUUAAAUGA